GUUUUAAAUUCAAACCGCCGCCGGGAACUGGCUGAGGAAGUCGGCUCCAUUUGGGCGGCUUCUCUGGUGUCUGACGGGAGGUAGUGCGGCUUACGGGAAUUUGACCCCUGGAUCUUGUCAGAAAACGGAAAGAAAGGUCAUAAGAAUGAAGCGCAGCAGUUCAAUUUCUACUGGUGGUGCUGGCCGUCUCUCAAUGCAGGAGUUGAGAUCCUUGGACAUGAAUAAACAAUGCCUUUAUACCCCUCAAACCAAAGAGAAACCAGCCUUUGGAAAGUUGAGUAUAAGUAAACCCCCAUCUGAAAGAAAAGUAUCUAUAUUUGGUAAAAGGACAAGUGGACAUGGAUCCCGAAAUAGUCAGCUUGGUGUAUUUUCUAGUUCUGAAAAAAUCAAGGACCCAAGACCACUUAAUGACAAAGCAUUCAUUCAGCAGUGUAUACGACAACUCUGUGAGUUUCUUACAGAAAAUGGUUAUGCAUAUAAUGUAUCCACGAAGUCUCUUCAAGCUCCAUCUAUUAAGGACUUUCUUAAGAUCUUCAGUUUUCUUUAUGGCUUUCUAUGCCCUUCAUAUGAACUUCCUGACACUAAAUUUGAAGAAGAGGUUCCAAGAAUUUUUAAAGAUCUUGGAUAUCCUUUUGCACUAUCCAAAAGCUCCAUGUAUACUGUGGGAGCCCCUCACACCUGGCCUCAUAUUGUGGCAGCCUUGGUUUGGCUAAUAGACUGCAUCAAGCUAUAUACUGCUAUGAAAGAAAGCUCACCUGUAUUUGAUGAUGGACAGCCUUGGGGAGAAGAAACUGAAGAUGGAAUUGUACAUAAUAAGUUGUUUUUGGACUACACCAUAAAAUGCUAUGAGAGUUUUAUGACUGGUGCUGAUAGCUUUGAAGACAAGAAUGCAGAGUUACAGUCAAAGCUGAAGAAUUUAUAUAAUGUAGAUGCUUCCAAGUUGGAAUCAUUAGCAGCAAAAAACAAAGCAUUGAAUGAGCAGAUUGCAAGACUGGAAGAAGAACGAGAGAAGGAACCGAAUCGUCUAGAGUCCUUGAGGAAACUGAAAACUUCCUUACAAGCAGAUGUUCAAAAAUAUCAGGCAUAUAUGUCCAACUUGGAGUCUCACUCAGCCAUUCUGGACCAGAAGUUAAGUGGUCUUGAUGAAGAAAUUGCUAGAGUUGAACUAGAAUGUGAAACAAUAAAGCAAGAAAAUGCUCGACUACAGAAUAUUGUUGAGAACCAGAAGUACUCAGUUGCCGACAUUGAGAGAAUAAAUCAUGAAAAAAAUGAAUUGCAGCAGACUAUUAAUAAAUUGACCAAAGAGCUAGAAGCUGAACAACAGCAACUGUGGAAUGAGGAGCUAAAAUAUGCCAGGAGCAAAGAGACAAUUGAAACACAGUUAGCAGAGUAUCACAAAUUGGCCAGAAAAUUAAAACUUAUCCCAAAAGGUGCUGAGAAUUCCAGAGGUUAUGACUUUGAAAUUAAAUUUAACCCUGAAGCUGGUGCCCACUGCCUUGUUAAAUACAGGGCACAAGUUUACGUACCUCUAAAGGAACUCCUGAACGGAAAUGAAGAAGAAAUGAAUAAAGCUCUAAAUAAAAAAAUGGGUUUGGAGGAUACAUUAGAACAAUUGAAUACAAUGAAAACAGAAAGCAAAAAAAGUGUGAGGACUCUCAAGGAAGAAGUUCAAAAGCUGGAUGAUCUUUAUCAGCAAAAAGUUAAGGAAGCAGAGGAAGAGGAUGAAAAAUGUGCUAAUGAGCUUGAGUCCUUGGAGAAACACAAGCACCUGCUGGAGAGUGCUGUUAAUGAGGGACUCAGUGAAGCUAUGAACGAGUUAGAUACUGUUCAGCGGGAGUACCAACUAGUUGUGCAGACCACAACUGAAGAAAGACGCAAAGUGGGAAAUAACUUGCAACGUCUUUUAGAGAUAGUUGCUACACAUGUCGGGUCUGUAGAAAAACAUCUGGAGGAGCAAAUUGCUAAAGCUGAUCGGGAAUUUGAAGAAUGUAUGUCUGAAGAUCUCCUGGACAAUAUUAGAGAGAUUACAGAAAAGUAUAAAAAGAAUGCUGCUCUUCUUAAGGCUUCUGAUGAGUGAAGAUACAAUGUUGAAUGUCCUGUCCUUUAAGAAUCUAGUUUACCAGAUGAAAUAGGGAUAACCUGAAAUAACAUGUUAGGGUUUGGUUUUGGUUUUUGGU